CAUUACUUUUGAUACCGUACAUCAUUUGUGGCAACAUGUGUAAAGCCCUUUUAAAAACUGAAAACUUUGGCAGUAUUGUUUAUGUCUAUAGUUUAUGACUUUAUGUCAAAAAAAUUGAAGUUUAUUUGAAAGGGUCUUCGCAUCUUAGAAAGCAAAUUUAUAAUUUAAAUUACUUUUAUAGAGCAAUAAGGAAAAGUGCUAGAUUAUUUAUUGUCCAUAUAAAGAAAACGAGAGGAAAACAUUAAAUGCAUCAUGCCUAUAAAAAUAAAUGUCCAUGAACAACAUGUCGGAGCAUUCUCGAAACUCAGAUGCUUGAUUAGCAUUUUUGGAGUGCAAUGUCAAGAACAAACUCAGGAUUUUGUAGUUAAUAACUUGGCAAAAGUGCGGUUGCACUUCAGGGUACAAAGUCAAACACUUCCUCUAUCAUGCAACAUUUUAGCUCUGCCACUCGAGAACAAUAAUAAAAUUAGAGUGAUAGUAUCAUGCCAAGAUACGGAUGUACCAUUUGUUUCAAGAGUCUUGCUAGACAGAUGGACACAGGUUGGGAGUAAGCAGAAUUGUGACAUAGCUGUUGACAAGUUCCGCACAUGCUUAAUAAGUUUCAUAAUUUUUGCUAGUAAGUUUGAUGAUUUCUGCCCUGCCAAAAUAUAUAAUGAUGCUGAUUUUACGGACUUCAACUUAACUGCUCCUGAGGGGAGUAUAGCUGUUCACAGGGUCAUACUAGCGGCUUACAGUGAUGUGUUCCGAGCUAUGCUUAGCCACGAAUGGAAGGAGACAAUGGAGGGCCGUAUUGAGAUUGAAGGGGUCACUCUGCAGACUCUCCAGUACCUGAAGCAGUAUAUGUACCUCCGGAAAUUGCCUAAUGAUGGACUGAAACCUCUACUUUUGCUAGCAUCAUACUAUUUGAUUGAUGAUUUGAAAGCAGAUUGUUUAUCAAAACUAGUUCUAAACUACAAGUCAGGAGAGUGGAGCAGCCUUCUUGAGUUUGCUGUGGAAAACAAAUUAUCAGAAUUGACUUCUGCUAUAAUGCUGGUAAAUUCAGCUGUGGACUUUGAUCACCAACAGGCGCCAGUGAAAAAACAAAAAAUAGAACAAUAACCAUUACCUAAUUAAGUAUUGUUAUAUAAGUAAGGCAACAUUCAAGUAGGUAAUAAUUUUAGAUUAAGAAGUAAUUUAUUAAAACUUUCAU